AUGGAAUUUAUUUUGUUGCCUCUCCUAAAUCAUUGUUUUUUGUUUUCUUUUUCUCCCUUUUUUCCUCUCUCUUUACUUUCUCUAUUUCUCUUUUCUUUCUCUCUCUCUCUUUUCUUUCUCCUCUCUCUUUCUUUUCCUUUCUCCUCUCUCUUCUUUCCCCAUCCCCCACUCUCACUUCUCUUCCCCUCUCCUUUUCCUUUCUUUCUUCCCCUCUUUCAUUUUCCUUUCUUUCUUCCCCUCUUUCAUUUUCCUUUCUUUCUUCCCCUCUUUCAUUUUCCUUUCUUUCUUCCCCUCUUUCAUUUUCCUUUCUUUCUUCCCCUCUCUCUUUUUUCUCUCCCUUUCUCUUUUCUCUCUCCCUUUCUCCUCUCUCUUUUCUCUCUCCCUUUCUCCUCUCUCUUUUCUCUCUCCCUUUCUCCUCUCUCUUUUCUCUCUCCCUUUCUCCUCUCUCUUUUCUCUCUCCCUUUCUCCUCUCUCUUUUCUCUCUCCUUUCUCCUCUCUCUUUCUCUCUCCUUUCUCCUCUCUUUUCUCUCUCCUUUCUCCUCUCUCUUUUCUCUCUCCCCUUUUCUCCUCUCUCUUUUCUCUCUCCCUUUCUCCUCUCUCUUUUCUCUCUCCCCUUUCUCCUCUCUCUUUUCUCUCUCCCUUUCUCCUCUCUCUUUUCUCUCUCCCUUUCUCCUCUCUCUUUUCUCUCUCCCUUCUCUCUUUUUCUCUUCUCUCUCCCUUCCUCCUCUCUUAAUGUCUGUUGGUUGUCUGUCAAUAUUCAAUGAACUGGAGCAGAAAUUGAGAACAGCACAAGAAUUUAUUUUAUUCUUUGGUCUUGUCAUCCAUAUUGUUACAGAAUAUGUAACUUCCAUGUUUCUGCAUCAAAUUCCUUUGCUUAUCUAUCUAUCUAUCUAUCUAUUUAUCUUUGUUUAUAUCUCUAGAGAGAUAGAUAUCUCUCUCUUUGUUCUUAUCUAUCUAUCUCUCUCUUUGUUCUUAUCUAUCUAUCUCUCUCUUUGUUCUUAUCUAUCUAUCUCUCUCUUUGUUCUUAUUCUAUCUAUCUCUCUCUUUGUUCUUAUCUAUCUAUCUCUCUCUUUGUUCUUAUCUAUCUAUCUCUCUCUUUGUUCUCUCUAUCUAUCUCUCUCUUUGUUUCUUAUCUAUCUAUCUCUCUUUGUUUUAUUCUUAUCUAUCUAUCUCUCUCUUUGUUCUUAUCUAUCUAUCUCUCUCUUUGUUCUUAUCUAUCUAUCUCUCUCUUUGUUCUUAUCUAUCUAUCUCUCUCUUUGUUCUUAUCUAUCUAUCUCUCUCUUUGUUCUUAUCUAUCUAUCUCUCUCUUUGUUCUUAUCUAUCUAUCUCUCUCUUUGUUCUUAUCUAUCUAUCUCUCUCUUUGUUCUUAUUGUUCUUAUCUAUCUCUCUCUUUGUUCUUAUCUAUCUAUCUCUCUCUUUGUUCUUAUCUAUCUAUCUCUCUCUUUGUUCUUAUCUAUCUAUCUAUCUCUCUCUUUGUUCUUAUCUAUCUAUCUCUCUCUUUGUUCUUAUUUAUCUUUAUUCAUAUCUGUCUAUCUAUCUUCAUAUCUAUGUAUCUUUGGUCAUAUCUAUUUAUCUAUCUGUUUACCUACAUAUCUAUCUAUCUAUGUAUGA